UGUAUACCACAUUCACGGUCAUGGUUGCUGCAUUAACAGUGACAUCAGUACAUAGUCAUUGUGAUAUCUAUACUUAGACACAAGCAUCAUUAUCCAGAGUACGACAGACGUACAAAUAGCCUACCACAAUCCUGGAACUUACUCUCCCAUCUUAAUCAACAAACAUCUAUCUCAAAGCAUACCACAAACACACUCUAUACACACACACACACACACAACAAUCAAAAUGGCCUCCAACCCCAACCCCGGCAACUUCGCCAACCGCCCGCAGGAAGAAGUCGAGAACAUCGCCCGCAAGGGUGGCCAGUCCAGCCACUCGGGCGGAUUCGCCUCCAUGGACGAGGACAAGCAGCGCAACAUCGCCUCCAUGGGCGGCCAAGCCUCCAGUGGAAGCUUCCAGCCCGGCGAAGAACGGGCCCGGGAAGCCGGCCACAAGGGAGGAAUGUCAUCCGGAGGGAGCUUCGAGCCUGGAGAUCCUCGGGCUAGAGAGGCUGGUCGGAAGGGAGGAUCGAGAACUGGGGGCGAUAUGCCCGAGGAGUAAAUCUACUCAUACUAAGUACCAUGACAUUAUGAUCCGCCUUGUUGGGGAAGAGUUUUUAUGUGAUAUGAAUUGAAUGUAUUAUUAGUCAAGUAUGAGGAUAAAUUGUAUUGAUUGUGG